CAGUUGUAUAGACCACAUAUCACUCAGGUCCCGACAGUUCAGUUGUUAGCAUCUUAUUUCUACAUCUAGACCAGACAUGGCUCCAGGAGGAAAAUCCGCAGGCGGUAAAGCGAUGAAGAAGUCAGGUAAGGCGCAAAAGAACAUCGCCAAGUCCGAUAAGAAACGCAGGCCCAAGAGGAAAGAGUCGUACGCCAUUUACAUUUACAAAGUGUUGAAACAAGUGCACCCAGACACCGGCGUUUCCUCAAAGGCAAUGAGCAUCAUGAACAGCUUCGUCAACGACCUUUUCGAACGGAUUGCUUCUGAAUCCAGUCGUCUGGCUCACUACAACAAGCGUUCGACCAUCACCAGCCGGGAAAUCCAAACCGCUGUCCGACUCUUGUUGCCCGGCGAAUUGGCCAAGCACGCUGUAAGUGAAGGUACUAAAGCCGUCACCAAGUACACGAGCUCCAAAUAAUUUCUACUGCUCCUCAAUCCAUAACGUUUAAAACGGCCCUUUUCA